UUCAUUUUGGAAAUAAGAGGGUGGUGAACUCCAGAAACAGUAUUCCGCUGUGUAUAAGACUAAAUGUGCCUUUCUGUUUGACGUGGAUUUUUGGGGCUACAAAUGUCUCCUUGGUUUCCAUUUUUUGUGACCCGAUGAGACGCACACCUCAAAAGACACAUUUCGAGGAUGGACGGCUGCGCUCGCAACCUCGCAAAUACAUACCGCUGUGGAUAAUUCGCUUAAUGUGUCAAACCUGUUUAUAGGACUCGCUCUGAUUUGUGACAUGUGCUGCUUGUAAGUAUAACAAUACCUUUCAAAAGACAUCUCCGUCGAUGUCGAAGCUUAAAUCUUCUGCUGGUCGGUGUCUAGUCAAGCCAUUUUACCGAACCACAUGAGAGGAACUGAAUCAUCUUGAACUCACCAAAGGACUGGAUUUCUUCUUCAUCAGGAUUAUUGUGGAAAGAGGCACGUAUAGUUUACUAAACGAAUACACACACCUGGACUUUAAGUAGCGAACGACAACUGUAAGGGUCUUUGUUUUCAUCUUUUAAAAUAGUCCCUCGCAGUUUAUAUUCAGUUUGUGAUGUAGCGUGCUUAUACACUUUUGUCCUUGUCAUUUCAUACAGUUGUAAGAGUUUUGAAAACCGGAGAGGUUAAAGAUGAUACUUUUCCGUAAAUUCCGAGUUUUGAUACUCAUGGUGUUUCUGGUCGCAUGUUCGAUGCAUAUCAUGAUUGACUUGUUACCAAAACUGGAGAGACGGAGCAACAGCGCUUGCUCUUGCUCUCACACACCCAACGAGGAGUCACAGAACUGGGGUAAACAUCGACCCGGGUCGGGACCAGAAUCGGGUUGGCCUAAGAAGCACACUCUCAGAAUACUUCAGGAUUUUAGUAACGAGCCCAGUUCCAAUCUUUCCUCUCAUUCACUGGAAAAGAUUACCUCCGCUGGAGAUAAAACAGACGCGUUGAAAAGACUCGAAGACUAUGUAAAGCCUGGCGAGGUCAGGAGACACGUUUCCCAGGACGCCACCAUCAGCAAGAAUGUAGCUGCUGUCAAGGGUUCCAAGCUUUUAGCACUGUUUGAUCACCCUUUGUACAAGAGAGCUCUACCGACAUUGACGGAAGAGGACACAUUAUUCAACGUCAAUACGGAUAUGAGAUUUGAUCCUAAAACUGCAGAGAACCAAGAAUGGCAUGGCAAGGGAAAGGACGAUGAGUUUACUCCUACAGGAGAGCUGUCCACGGACUCCUAUCCCAACUGGCUCCGAUUCCACAUUGGGAUUAACCGUUACGAACUGUAUUCCAGGCAUAACCCGGUCAUUGAUGCAAUGUUAAAGGACCUUGUCUCUCAGAGGAUCACCAGUGUGGCCAUGAAAUCAGGAGGGACCCAGCUGAAGCUAAUCAUGACUUUCCAGAACUAUGGGCAGGCCCUGUUCAAACCAAUGAAGCAAACGCGGGAGCAAGAGACACCCCCUGACUUCUUCUACUUCUCGGAUUUCGAGAGGCACAAUGCAGAGAUCGCGGCGUACCAUCUCGACAGAAUUUUGGAUUUCCGGCGUGUUCCUCCAGUGGCUGGAAGGCUUGUAAAUAUGACCAAAGAGAUCAGAGAUGUUACCAGAGACAAAAAGCUUUGGAGGACUUUUUUCAUUUCCCCAGCCAAUAACAUCUGCUUCUAUGGCGAGUGCUCCUACUACUGCUCCACUGAGCAUGCUCUGUGUGGGAAGCCUGACCAGAUCGAGGGCUCCUUAGCCGCCUUCCUCCCAGACCUGGCACUCGCCAAACGCAAAACCUGGAGAAAUCCGUGGAGACGUUCAUACCACAAACGCAAGAAAGCCGAGUGGGAGGUGGAUCCAGAUUACUGUGAGGAAGUAAAGCAGACGCCUCCUUAUGAUAGCGGCACUCGCCUGCUGGACAUCAUAGACAUGACCAUUUUUGACUUUCUGAUGGGAAAUAUGGAUCGCCACCACUACGAGACAUUUGAGAAGUUUGGAAAUGAGACUUUCAUCAUUCACCUAGAUAAUGGAAGAGGGUUUGGCAAGCACUCUCAUGAUGAAAUCUCGAUUCUGGUGCCUUUAAGUCAGUGUUGCAGAGUGAAGAAAUCUACCCACUUGCGGCUGCAGCUUCUGGCCAAAGAAGAAUAUAAGCUGAGCGCACUGAUGGAGGAGUCCCUACGAAAUGACGCGCUCGCUCCCAUUCUCAUCCAACCCCACCUGGAGGCGAUGGACCGGCGGCUGCGCCUCAUCCUCCAGGUCAUCGGCGACUGCGUCGAGAAGGAAGGCUACGCCAACGUGGUGGAGGAUGACCUGGGUCCAGAGAGCAAGGACAUGGAUGCCGCCCUUCAGAGGUAGUCGAUCUGGACGUACCAGGCGGCCUCUCCGGCUUCCCAAGUCUCCCACCACAGCUCAACAGAUCGUGAACGUCUUUGCAAGAGAUGCUCUUGUGAAUGAACACUUUUUUUUUUUUUUUUUCUGAAUUCAGUGAAUUCCAAAGACUCGUUCCUCCGUGUCUGGAUCGCGUGUGUGUUUCGACAUGUACAUGUGGACAACAUGUAUGCCGGCGUCCGAAUGCGUGCAGUCUUAACAUGUUGAUGCUCUCUUAAGAUACUGAUGCUCCGCCUCAGAGAUGGUUCAGAAGGUAAAGUUUACGCGGAAGCGCGUGUUAAAGCGACGGUCCACUGUUUGUUGGUUUUUUGGGGUUUUUUUUUUUUAACAAAAUGUCUUGGUUUUCUUUAUAUCUUUGAUACUAUAGCUCCACCAGCAUAGUUUUGAAGUAUGUAGCUGCGUUCCUGGGAGAACUGUAGUGGCGUUGCAUUAGCUUCCCCAUGUAUUUCAGAUGGGUUGAUGCUAACCUUAAGUUCAAGUCCAGAAUAGUAAUGUCCAACUUUUGUCAUGUCAGUGUUGCAGAAUUAUAUUAUCUGCACAAAUCCUGCUUCUGUAUAUGGAAGGGGAUCCGAAAAAAAAGGAAGUGCUACUUUUCAGGAGAAUCCCACAUCCUGAUAAGUGAAGUUGUUAUGACAAAAAUAGGAUAUUGUUAUGCUGGAGAUGUUGAACUAUAUUUUAGGGUUAUCAUUGGCACCAUUGUAAUGAAAGGAAGAAUGAUGGUAAUAAAAAAGCUGCUAGUAAUGUCUCAGUAAUGCAGCUACACAUGUUAGAAUUAUUAGGGUUAGUCUGUGGUAUCACAGAUAUGUUGAAAAUCAUAAAAGUUUGCUAAUGCAGUGGAUUGGUGCAUUAAGCUGACGUCAGUAUAAUAUUUCUUGUUUUGUUUUUUUUUGUUUUUUUAAAGACAAAGAGCUUCUACUGGAGUGGAGAUUAACUCCAAGAUGGGUUUUGUCCAUCAAAUGUAAGAUUCCCUCUGUUAUUUAUUGAUUUAGAUAUUUAUUAUUUGAAAGAAGUGACUAAUUUUUUUUUGUCCUUAUGAAAUUGGAGUUGAAAACUGUACUCCAAAUAAAAUCUUUGUAAAUUUGAAAUAUUUACGUUAGCAAAAAAAAAAAAAAAAAGGAGAAAAACUGUGCAUAUGCACUGGGUCUUGAAAUGAUUUGAUGUGAAUUGAAUCGUAAUAUGUAAGGAGUAUAAAAAUGAAAGGUACUUGCAGCAA